AUGCCGUCCUACGCCAUUACAGGAGCGCCCAAGGGCAUUGGACGAGAAUUUGUCCAUCAAUUAGCUAUCGAUCCAUCCAACACGGUCUUCGCAAUUGUUCGAGAUCCCGAAGUGUCUAGAAUUAAGGAGUUGUCUCAGCAGAACUCCAAUGUUCAUCUGGUCAAGGGUAACGUCACGGACCCCGUGUCCAUGCUCAUGGCUGCCACCGAGGUGACCAAGAUCACUGGUGGCACCCUUGAUGUACUGAUUCACAACGCCAAUGCGUUCGACCAGGCUACAUACGCCUACGGUCCCUCGCAAGUUCCGCUGGACAUCAAAGCCACGGAGGACUUCUUUGAUGCUCCCAUUCGUACUGCUAUUUACGGAGGUCUCUGGUCCACCAACGCCUUCCUCCCUUUGAUUGAGAAGGGAGCCGAAAAAAAGGUGGUGCACAUCUCCACUGGUAUGGCCGACCUGGAUCUCAUCAAGGACUCUGGCAUUGAAUACGCCCUAGCGUAUGCAGUUGCAAAGGCUGGGAUGAAUGUGCAGGUGGCCAAGUACGCUGUCGAACUUGCGCCGAAGGGUAUCAAAGUCUUGGCCCUGAGUCCCGGCUGGGUCGAUACGUUCGAGGGUGUCGCAGGUGAAAAACCGCCCCAGCUUGUCGAAGGCAUCGAAGUGAUGCGGAAGCAAUUAGAAAAGCUCCCUCACCCGAUUAAAGGGCCGAUGAAUGUGGAGGAGAGUGUGAAGAUGCAGCUGAAGGUCAUUGAUUCCUUGGAUUCAAACACCAGCGGUUCCUUCUUGAGCCAUUACGGGGGUAUCAAAGUCUUGGCCCUGAGUCCCGGCUGGGUCGAUACGUUCGAGGGUGUCGCAGGUGAAAAACCGCCCCAGCUUGUCGAAGGCAUCGAAGUGAUGCGGAAGCAAUUAGAAAAGCUCCCUCACCCGAUUAAAGGGCCGAUGAAUUUGGAAGAGAGUGUGGAGAUGCAGAUGGAGGUCAUCGAUUCCUUGGAUUCAAACACCAGCGGUUCCUUCUUGAGCCAUUACGGGGUCCGAGACAGAUGGUAA